GACGCGACUACGGCCCGGCUUCCGGAAAGUGAGGGCUUUGUUUCCGAGGGGAAGGUCUUCCGAGCGGACCGGGAGCGCGCGCGUGUGGGUCCUCCCGGGGCCGGACGGAGAGGGCUGGGGGCGGGGCCCGGAGUGCCAGCCCCGGGCACGCCUCACGGCGGGGCCGGGCGCCGGCUCCCUGACGUCGUGAGAGGUCCGAGGAGCGCGUCUCAGAGGGACCUGGACCCCGGGCGCCCUGGUAAAUGGACUCUUAACGAAAAUUCAGAAAUACAUUUUUUAAAUAGAAGACAAUAAAAAUUACCAAUAAUCCUACCACCCGAGAUGGCCGUAUUUUGAAUCCUGCUUGUCUGAAAUGCAGUUAACACAUCAGCUGGACCUAUUUCCCGAAUGCAGGGUGACCCUUCUGUUAUUUAAAGAUGUAAAAAAUGCUGGAGACUUGAGAAAAAAGGCCAUGGAAGGUGCUAUUGAGGGUUCAUUAAUAAACCCUAAGGUGAUUGUUGAUCCAUUUCAGAUACUUGUGGCAGCAAACAAAGCAGUUCAUCUCUACAAACUGGGAAAAAUGAAGACAAGAACUCUAUCAACUGAAAUUAUUUUCAACCUUUCCCCAAAUAACAGUAUUUCAGAAGCUUUGAAAAAAUUUGGUAUCUCAGCAAAUGACACUUCAAUUCUUAUUGUUUACAUUGAAGAGGGAGAAAAACAAAUAAAUCAAGAAGACCUAAUAUCUCAGGUUGAAGGUCAUCAAGUUUCUCUAAAAAACCUUCCUGACAUAACAAAUAUUACAGAAGUCAAAAAGAUAUAUAAACUAUCUUCACAAGAAGAAAGUAUUGGAACAUUAUUGGAUGGUAUCAUUUGUAGAAUGUCAACAAAAGAUGUUUUGUGAAAUGACAGAAGUCUUAAAAAUUUUCAGCAUUUAUAAAAAAACAUGGAUUUUUCUUUGUUGAUUAUAAUAUGUUCAAUCAUAGAAAACACAGAAUGGUACAACAAAGAAAAAAAGCCACCACUAGUCUCUCUUAAUAUUUUAAAAGAUAGCCACUGUUGCUAUUAUGUGUUCUUGUCUUCUAGUCUUCUGUUUCUCUUCAAAUAUAUUUCAUCUUUAUGUAAUUGGAAUAAUUGGGUGUUUACUAGGUUUUUGCCUUAGUGAUUUUAUAUUCAUCAGCUCAUAUCCCUGCCUUUACUUCUGGCUACUCUGGCAUUUCCCUUCCAAGCCUCCUGGUUCCAAGGGUUUUACAUACAAGAAUUCAUUCAUGAGGAGGUAAAUACUAGUAUAACCACCAUUUUACAUACAGGGCAACUAAAAGAUUAUACAAAUAAUAAGUAACUUGCUCAAGGUCAUACAGCUAGUAUAAAGUCAUGUUUUAUAAAUGGUUUGGGUUUUCUUUUUCACUUUAUCUUGUUUUGAUUGUAGUAAAGACAGCCUUGGUCAAGGGUUGCAAACUUCUGUGAAGGGCCAGAUAGUAAAUAUUUUCAGCUUUGCAGGCCAUAAGGUCUCUGUUGCACCUACUCAACUCUUGCUGUCAUAGUAUCCACAGGCCAUAAUGAUGAGUAUGGCUGUGUUUCAGUGAAACUCAAUUGACAAAAAUGGUGGGCAGGAUUCGACCUGAGGUCCAUUCUUUGUGGACUUCUGGUUUAGGUUAGGCUUCAGUUGCAGUCCCUAAAGCUCAUUGGCUUCACACGACAAAAGUCCGUGUCGCGCUGGUCUGCACAGCCAGUGUGAAGCAGUAAACACACGGGGCAGUGACUCAAACCCAGUCUGCUUAUCUCAUGUUUCACUGUCCAAAGCCAGUCACGUAACCUUGCCAACCUAACAAGGGACAGAGAAAUGUGAUCCUGCCACGUGGUGGAAAGCAGGGAGGUGGAAAUACUUAGUGAUUUCUAUCAUGAUCAUAAAUAACAAAGCACAUACAGACAUCACUAACAUUUCUUGUGUGCAGUGUGCUUGGCAUUUUAUAUGCACUACCUCAUUUAGUGCUUACUACAAUCCCAAGAGAUUUUUACCAGCAAGGAAACAGAUCUAGUCUCUCAAGUCUGUUUCAGAAAGUUUCAAACCUACAGAACAAUCAACAAUAAUACAAUAAAAGUCCAU